AUGAAACAGGCCCACAGCGGAUACAGUUUUAAUAAUUCGCAGGGUCGCUAUCAAGCUGUUCAAUUCGAUAGCGUUGAAGUCGCCGAAGAUGAAAUGAGACCAGAACAAUUGCCCAGUCUUUACGGUAUGCUAAGAUUGGGAAAGGUUAUUGGGAAUCUGUCUUCGAUGGAAGCGCCAAAAAUGUUCGCACCUUCCGGAAGCACUACGUCAAACAGUAACACAACAAAAUCUUUAGCUUUGGACGUCAAUAAUGAAGGUCUUAAAGUUCAGCCUACAAUGUAG